AGACUUUCCCAGCUCAAACGCGCUAGCUGGAACCCACAGGAACGGGCGCCUACCAUGGAGGAGGUUCAAACCCUUCAGACGCCGAACGUGGUACCUCGUGGCCCCAGUAGCCAGGCAUGUUUUCCGGAUCCUGACCCAGACCCCAGAAGUUCUAAGGUCCAAGUUGAUGACAUCACCCGAAUGAAUGCCACAGAAGUGAGCCGUGUGGUGUAUGUUCGGACAGAGGAUGAUAUCAAGAGAACCUUGGUCAAAGCACGGGCUGAUGGAAAACGAGUGUCCGUGAGAGGCACCAAGCACUCCAUGGGCGGCCAAAGCAUCGCAGAGGAUGGAGUCGUGAUUGAUAUGACAAAGAUGACGCGAAUGCGGUUCGAUGCUGACUCAGAAGCAGUUGUGUGCGAGUGUGGGUGUACAUGGGCUGAUUUGAUUGUAUAUUUGAAUCAGUUUGGGAUGUCUCCGCGCACCAUGCAGAGCUACUCUAGCUUUUCAGUGGGCGGAACCUUGGCAGUGAAUGGUCACGGAAUCACCACAGACUUCACGCUGGCGGAAUGUGUGGAGUCCCUCCGGCUGAUCAAAGCUGAUGGGCAAGAAGUUGUUUGCUCACGCGGUGCAACUGGAGAGGAGGGUGAGCUUUUUAGCCUGGCCCUUGGAGGGUAUGGCCUCUUCGGCAUCAUGUGGGAAGUCACCAUGCGUGUGGUGCGAAACAGCCGCAUGGACAUGGAAUCUUUGCACCUCAACUGUGAGGAAUUCAUGAGGCACCAUGCGGCAGCUCAGGCAUCUGACGAUGUUGUCAUGAAGCUUGCCCGACUCAACAUCAUUGAUACAGACCACAUUGAUUUCUUUGUUUUCCGAAGAAGUCAUGAUGAGGAAGUGCGAUUGGUCUCAAACCUCAGCAAGAAGCCGAGGGAGAUGUCCUGGCAAUCGAAGCUCAUGUACAAAUGGCUCAUGCCUGCAAUGAAGGAGGUGCGCUAUGCGAUUGAACAGCGUUCUGGUCAAGCGCUCGAUUGGGGCAAUGAGACUGAACGCAAUCACAUGCUACACGAGAGUGCUGUGCCCCUCGCUCAGCUUUAUGAGCCCCUCUUCCAAGUUGAUGACACCUUCGUGUUGCAAGAAUACUUCUGCCCUCAGGAGAAGUUCAAGGAUUGGAUUGCCAGGACCAAGCAAAUUUACCGCGCCCUUGCAGCCACCUCCGAGGUGAUCCUGCUGAAUACGACCAUCCGCUUUGUCAAGAAAGAUGUCGACACCUUCUUGCCUUAUGCGAAAGGUCAUAUGUUCGCCUUCGUGCUCUAUUUUCGCUUGCCCCGCACACCUCAUGCGGACGCUUGCUUGAAAGACUUUCACAAUCAAUUUGUGGAACAGACGCUGGCACUCGACGGAAGCUUCUACUUGCCGUACCGUUGCCACUACAGCCACGAGCAGCUUGAGCAGGCAUACCCUCGGAUCAAGGACUUCUUCUCCAAGAAGGAAAUCUAUGACCCUGAUGGCCUUUUUGACAGCUUGUGGUUUCGGCAUUAUGGCACCAAGUACCUGUCCGAACCAUUCCUGGUCACACUAUCCAAGCCUCUCGCAGCUAAGAUGCCCUCAGACGCCCAGUUCGAUACCCCUGAACUUCAGUCCAUCCCAGACGUUCCAGCUGUUCCCGCCCGGCGCUCCAAUGCCUUCCGACAGCUCAUGGACGAUCCCAGGCUACGUCGUGACUUCAAGGAUGGCUUCCUGACGCAAAUCUUCAAUGUCAUGGACCAUGAGCAGCUCUUCCGGAUGAUGGUGAAGGCCACCCGCGACCCAGAGAACACGAACGAUAUUGAGAUUUAUCGAGCUUUACAGAGGCUUUUGAAUGAAUCCACUGGACCUGUGGCUGCUGGGAUGAAAACUGUCAAGCAGCUUAAGCAGAUUUCGGCGCAGAAGAAGGAAUUGACGCGAGAAGUCUGUGCGAUUGUGGCCCGCCUGGGCAAGUUUGGGCAGUUGCAAGAUUACCUCUCAGUCGGGGAUCCUGGUCGAAUGGUCCUACCUCUUCGCAAGGCCUUGCAAAUGAAGGGGCGAUGCUGGGUUGCUCACGACACUUACUCAGAUGACAUCCCUGCCGUCGUUGAACGAGGUUCUUUGGAUGCUGUUGGCAUCCAAGUUACCUGGCAGCUCUUAGACGCAGGUCCCUUCAUUGAAGUGCCUACCGGCUCAGUCGACCUGGUCACCAUGAUGCAGGGCCUCCACCACAUUCCGCAGCAGCGCUUGCCCUUUUUCUUGAAAGAGGUGGUUCGAGUGCUCCGUCCAGGAGGACUCUUCAUCGUCCGUGAGCACGAUGCUUCUCCAGAGUUGAUGCCAAUGCUCGACCUGGCCCACAGCGUUUUCAAUGCAGUGAUGGGAGUUACUGACAAGGAGGAAGAGCGCGAACUGCGAGCCUUUCGGUCGAUUUCCGAGUGGCGAGAAAUUCUCAAGAGUGCGGGCUUGGAGGACUCUAUGCUUUUUGAGAUGGAGCCAUAUGACCCAACUGUUGAUGAGAUGAUGUGCUUCUACAAGGCUCCGUUGCAGGCUGCAUCAAGGGACCCGUGUGAAAACACUCCAUCCAAAACGGAGGAAGUCUUCGAAGCUGAUGAGAUUUCACCAGAUUUGAUUCAGCUACCUGAGAACUUGUCUGCGUUCAUGCAGGGAGCACCUCAGAUUUUGCUGCAGUCUCUUCGUGACGGCAUCGAAGGGCUCAUGAACACGCUCCCAGCUGCAGCUGCGAUGUUCAAAGAGAAGAUGAAAGCAUUCAGCAGUGGACAGCAACUUGUGGCUCAGUCUUUGGUCGACCAGGCUGUCGAACCCUUGCUGGCAAUACUCCAAAAACUUCAGCCACUCUUUCAACACGCAGAAGUUGGCCAGAGUGAUUCGAGCGUCUUCGAGUUCAUUCCAGCUGAAGUGCUCCUCCUAGUUCCUGCUUUGAUGCGCAAAGUCCAGAGAGGCACCGCGUCUCCAAAUGAAAUGUUUGCUGCUUCAAUCAUCCAGGACGUUCUGAACGCCUUGCAAGGCCAGAAGAAGGAAGAGCUGAAGAAGUGCUCGCAGGUGAUGGACGCUGCUGUAAGCAAGGAGGAUGUUGAACAGCUGCUCCAACUGGUUUUCCAAGCCUUCCCUGAACUGAAGAAGCCGGAGGUGUUCCAGACCAUGGGCUUCCCAAAGAGAGCGGCUGAGGUUCUUCGCACACGACUUGGCCGAGAAAUUUUCUCAGAUGUCUCAUCAGCUGACUUGGCAGAAACAUUAUCCUCCUUCCUGGAUGAGGAGGCGUGGGUUGAAUUCCAACAUUACCUGCUGGAGGCCAUCAAUGCCCAGCGGCCACCGAGCAAGGAUGCACUCUUCAAUGUGAAGACGCCAUGGGGGUUGGCCAUGAGAGCGUUCCUGGGCUCACGAUAUGUCCGAUUCAACUCCUCCGUGCUUUUGAUGUGCAAAUUCUAUGGAUUGGCCGAGUUGCCUGCGAUGUGGCGAGCAGCUCAAGCGCUGCGCAAGGGCAUGGAAAGCCUGGAGCCAUCUGGAGUCGCCGCCCCAAUGCUGGUGAGAAGUCGCUCCGAUGCCGACCGGAUGCAGAGCGUCCAGCGCGCACUGGACGGCCUCACGUCCAAGGUUCUAGAGGUUCAAAUGGAUGAAGGUCAGCAGCACGACAUUUGCGAGGUGUCGGAAGUGAUCUCCGCCACCUUCGGGUACACCUCCCUGACGGCGAAGCCGCGAGACGUCACGGCGGCCGUACGGAAACUGCUCAGGACACAUGGCGGGGGUUUGGGGGCAGGCAGGGAUGAACAUUCAGCGCGAUCCGCCGUCUCUCGAGGCUUUUCGAUGUUUUGGUUCUUCGAUGUUUGAUACUGGUUGAUCCUAAGUCGGCAGUGUUCGGCUCAACGGAGUCCACUCCCACCCAUGUGUGGCUUCCACAGCUCAAGAACUAACUCAUGAGAGCUCAAUCUUCAGUCUCCUGCAUCUCCUACCCGGCCGAAACAUGCCGAAACAUCCGAGGAUCAUAACUGGCACGGUCAGUCUCCCACGCGGGUCGGGCCGAGGCGCCGCGCUGGGCGCGCCUCGCGCGUGCCCCAGGAAUGGUCACAGUUCAGGGGCGCGGCCAAUAAAUGCGGCCAAUUCUCUCUUCUUUUAAAAUAGAACUCCGGUAA